CCCCACACCUCCGCCUCUCCCCUCUCCUCUGUUUCACUUUCACACCUCUCUCUCUCUCCUCUCUCUUCUUUCUCUCUCCUCCAUUUUCUCUCUCUAGUUCUUGGGAUCUUUGAGUGGAAAUUCUUGGACAUGGACGACGACGGCGACUGGAUCACAGCGAGGUACCUCCUCUCGUCGAUCCUCGGGCGGAACCCGCUCGUCGUCGAUUACGUGGACGAGGAGUCCUUCCCCGUCGAGGACCCUCCCCCGGUGGCCGGUGGCGCCCGUGGAGGGAGGCAAGCGGUGGUGUCGCAGCCGCCGGUGGUGCGCGCGACGGCGGGCGUGGCCGGGACGGUGUGCUCGGUGUGCACGGAGGAGAUCGCGGUGGCGGACGCCGUGGUGCGUCUCCCCUGCGCGCACUGGUACCACGCCGGCUGCAUCUCCCCGUGGCUCGGAAUCCGGAGCACAUGCCCCAUGUGCCGCGCCGAGCUGCCGGCCAGCGACGACGCCGCCGAGGAAGGCGGUGGUGCCGGCCGGGAGAAGCCGCCGCGCGCGGGCCGCGCCGGGACUAGCGCCGGCGGCGGUGUCAGGCGUGACGCGUCGUAUGAGCUCCUCGCCGGCGGCGGCGUCUUGUCUGGCUGAGUCGCUGAGCGUGUGGGCCCAAGGGAUUACGCGUCGUUGUUUGGCCGCUCGCGUUUUCGUUUGUACAGAAGAAGAAUUGAUUAAUGAGAAGGGAAAAAAAACAUAAAUUUUGAUCCGAAUUUAAACGUUGCUUUAGUUCAGUUACUUAGCUAGUACUAAUACUCCUAGUUAGCUUGACGUUGGGGUUGCGAAAUCGCAACGAGAAAGAAAAGCGUUACUUGUGAGUGUGCGCGUUGAAAUGUUAUGCUACGAUCGAAAGAAGCGUGCGUCCUGGUGAUCAAGUGGGAACCAGAUUCCUUCCUAACUAUCAAUCAUUUAUUGGUUAUUAUAUCUAUAAUAUAAAGAUUGGUUUUCAAAUA